GGCAGUGCCGGCGCGGAGCCGCGGGGAGCCCCGAGCCCGCCGCGGCGGCGGCGCGCAGCGCGGCCGCGCCCAUGGCGAGCAGCAGCGGCGGCGGCAGGUAGGGCGGCGGCAGGUAGGGCGGGGCGGGGGGCCCGCUCGCCCCGGCCAUGGCGCAGACGGAGACCCCGAAGGCGGUGCGGCUGUGGCGCGACGCCGCCCUGCGCGCACGGAAGCUGCGGGGCGGCCCCGCCGAGCCCGAGCCCGAGCCGGACGCGGGGCCGCCGGGGGGGCCGCCGCCGCCGCCCCCCGCCGCUGCGCCUCGCCGCUCGCCCCCGGCGGCCGCCCUGGGGGAGCUGGAGGCGCUGAACCUGAGCGGGCGGGGGCUGGAAGAGCUGCCCGAGGAGGUGGGCGCCGCCCUGAGCGGUCUGCGGGUGCUCAGCCUGCGGCGCAACCGGCUGGGCCGCCUGCCCGCCGCCGCCCUGCGCCACCUGGGCCGCCUGGCCGAGCUCGACCUCAGCCACAACCGGCUGCGGGCCCUGGGGGACGGCGGGGCGCUGGCGGGGCUGCGGGGCCUGCGCAAGCUCAGCCUCAGCCACAACGAGCUGGGCGCCGAGGACCCGGGCCUGCCCCCCCGCCUCGCCGAGCUGGGCCGCCUCGAGGAGCUCGACCUCAGCUUCAACCGGCUGCGCCGCCUGCCCGAGGGCCUGGGCCGCCUGCGGCACCUCCGCGCCCUUGACGUCGACCACAACCUGCUGCCCUCCUUCCCCGCCCCGCUGCUGGAGCUGGCCGCCCUGGAGGAGCUCGACUGCUCCGGCAACCGCCACCUCGGGGCCCUGCCUGAGGGCAUCGCCGCCCUCCACCGCCUGAAGAUCCUCUGGCUGAGCGGCACCGGGCUGGCAGCCCUGCCGGAGGGCCUCUGCCAGCUGAGCGCCCUCGAGAGCCUCAUGCUGGACGGCAACCGGCUCCAGGCCCUGCCCGCCGGCUUUGGCAGCCUGCAGCGGCUCAAGAUGCUGAACCUCUCCUCCAAUCUGCUGGGGGAGUUCCCCGCUGCCAUCUUGGCGCUACCCAGUCUGGAGGAGCUCUACCUGAGCCGCAACCAGCUCACCCUGCUGCCCCCUCACCUCUGCCAGCUCCGCCAGCUCCGCACCCUCUGGCUGGACAACAACCGCAUCCGCUACCUGCCGGACUCCAUCGUGCUCCUCCACAGCCUGGAGGAGCUGGUCCUGCAAGGCAACCAGAUUGCCAUCCUGCCCGAGGGCUUCGGGCAGCUUUCCCGUGUCACCCUGUGGAAGAUCAAGGACAACCCCCUCAUCCAGCCCCCCUAUGAGGUGUGCAUGAAAGGCAUCCCCUACAUCGCAGCCUACCAGCAGGAGCUGGCCCACUCCCAGCCUGCCCUCAAACCCCGCCUCAAGCUGGUCCUGAUGGGCCUAAAGGAUGCGGGAAAGACCCUGCUGAGACGAUGCCUCAUGGAGGAGGAUGGGCAGAGGGAGGACGUGGGAGGUCUGGAGGCAGGGAGCACCCAGCCCAGAGGGUGCCCUGGGCAGCAGCAGGACGGUGGGAGAGUGCCGGCUGGGUGUUGCCCCUUCCCAGAGCCUCAGGACGCUUCCUCAGCGCGAGUACCUGCCAUGCAGCAGCUGGAACAUCUCCCCGUUGAGCGGCAGGACAUCCGUUCUCACAUGCCCUCCCACCGAGUGAAAGGGGAAACACCGUGCCCUGCACCGUCGCUGCCACCGAAUGCCCCCCAAGUACCGUCAGGACUGGGACUGUCAGGAGGCAGCAAGGGCAUUGAGGUGAUGGACUGGACAGCGGAUGCAGAGAGGGGCCUGACAUUCAUUGUGUAUGAGCUGGCGGGGGACCCGAGCUAUGAUGUUAUACAGUCUUUCUUCCUCUCUCCCGGAGCGCUGUACGUGCUGGUGGUGAAUUUGAGUGCCUAUGUCCCUCAGCGCUUCUACCCCUCUGUGGGCUAUUUCUUGCACUGGCUUGGUUCCAAGGUGCCCCACGCAGUGGUGUGCAUGGUGGGAACCCAUGCUGACCUCUGUGCGGAGCGGGAGUUGGAAGAGAAGUGCCUGGACAUCCAUCACCAGAUCGCUCAGCAGGAGAAGAGGGAUGCCGAGGGACUCCAGAGCUUGGUCCAGCAGGUGGAUGAGGCUCUGGGGCAGGACUUCGACCUGCGCUGCUCCAGCCCGCAUGCUGCCUUUUAUGGGGUCUCGGACAAGAACUUGCGGCGAAAGAAAGCCCAGUUUCAGUACCUUCUCAACCACCGCCCACAGAUCCUGUCUCCAGUGCUGCCUUUCAGCUGCCGGGACCAUUGCCAGGUGCGUCGCCUGCGGGACAAGCUGCUCUCGGUGGCUGAGCACCGGGAUAUCUUCCCGAACCUGCACCGGGUGUUGCCCAAAUCCUGGCAAGUGCUGGAGGAGCUGCACUUCCAACCGCAAGCUCAGCAGCUGUGGCUUAGCUGGUGGGACUCUGCCCGGUUGGGCUUGCAGGCGGGCCUGACGGAGGAUCGGCUCCAGAGCGCCCUGUCCUACCUGCAUGAGAGUGGGAAGCUGCUCUACUUCGAGGAGCACCUCACCUUGCGGGAGUAUGUGUUCCACAACCUGCCGCGGCUCAUUGACAUCCUCAAUGUCUUCUGCCAGCGGGAUGCCACUGUGCUGCUCCAAAAACUGCUCAGCGACACCCACAUUGACGAACUGAGGGCCACUCAGCUCCACCAUUACGUGGAGGGCUUCUUGCUGCACGGCCUCCUCCCUGCCCACGUUAUCCGUCUCCUUCUUAAGCCCCAUGUCCAGAGCCGGGAGGAUCUGCAGCUCAUCCUGGAGCUGCUGGAGAAGAUGGGGCUCUGUUACUGUGUCAACAAACCCAAAUGCAAGCCCCUAAAUGGGGCAGCCGCUUGGUACAAGUUCCCCUGCUACGUAAAAAAUGAGGUGCCCCAUGCAGAGGCGUGGAUCAACGGCGCCAAUCUGAGCGGACAGUCCUUCGUGGUCGAGCAGCUGCAGAUUGAAUAUAGCUUUCCAUUCAUUUUCCCACCCGGCUUGUUUGCACGCUACAGCGUCCAGAUUAACAGCCACGUGGUUCAGCGGUCAGAUGGCAAAUACCAGAUCUAUGCCUACCGGGGAAAGGUGCCCGUGGUGGUGAGUUACCGGCCUGCCAGGGGACCUCUGCAGCCAGAUACUCUGUCUAUUGCUAGUCAUGCGUCCCUACCAAAUAUCUGGACAGCUUGGCAAGCUAUUACCCCUUUAGUGGAAGAACUGAAUGUCCUGCUCCAGGAAUGGCCGGGCCUGUACUACACUGUGCACGUCCUCUGUUCAAAGUGCCUUAAAAGAGGGUCACCCAACCCACACACUUUUCCAGGAGAACUGCUGAGUCAGCCGAGACCAGAGGGACUGACGGAGAUCAUCUGUCCCAAGAAUGGCAGCGAGCGAGUUAAUGUUGCCUUGGUUUACCCCCCAACUCCUACUGUGAUCAGCCCUUGUUCCAAAUAAAUCGUCAGUGCUGGUGCCAAAGGUUUUCCACCGGGCAGAACAUGGCUGAUGCUCUGCAGUGCUCCCAUCUCUCCAGUUCUGGAGUUGCAUGCUGACGGAGAUCGAUGGGACUUUGGACUCUGAAAUGCUGUGGGGCGGGGGCAGCUCCCAGGUGGGGGCCUCAUGGCUGGAGUGGACGCAGUCACCUGGAGGUCGGGGAUAACAACGAGGCAUGAAGCAAAACGAUUGCUGCAGAUGGCAGGGCCGCUGGCCAGAGGGAAAGCACUGGGGAUAGGAUUCUGUGGACCAUUGAUCGCGUGUUGAAAACCCAUGUGGAUCUCAUGAUGAAUGUAAAAAUGUUCUUGGUACCAUUUAAUUCAGACCUGCUUGGAGGAAAGUCUCUUGAAAUGAGCUGUAGCGGGAUUCCCUGGAUUUGUUCCUGGACAAGCCGUGAUGGCAGACCUGGGGUGGGUGAUACUGGUCAGCAGGCAGUCCCGACCAGGAUGCACGCUGGCAGGGCCCGCAACCAGUGCAAGACAGUGACAUGCAUCCUGCUGGGACCUGCUGCUGUUGCACAGGUGACAUUCCCCUGGCUUCUGGUCCUUCAAAUACCAGCCUUGUGUGCAGGGCUGCAAGUAUCCCCAUUGGCAGGAGCUUAACACUGGGAAAUGCAGGGCAGAACCCACUCUGGUGGGAGAUUGCAGAGGCCAGGUGGAAGAAAUCAAGCCAUUGUGCCUCACUUCAGGUGGGAAAGCUGCCAAAUAAAAGCUGGCAGCUCCGUCAGCUUUGCAUCUCUUCAGGAUAUCAUUCCAGCUGGGGGAAGAGCUUGGGCUCAGAUUUCAUGUGUUGACCUGCCACCUCUGGCAAUGGGUAUUUGAACCUUUCUUAUGUCAGUGAGAAGCAUUGAUUGAUUGUGCUUCUGUAUCGCUAUAGAUAAAUUCGGGACUAGAAAUUGCCUGUGGCAGCUGGAGGGAGUGGAAGGGAGGUGAGAUCUUUGAACAGUGUCAGGAAUAGUGCUGGGAAACUCCCUUGUCCUGACUCUUGCUGCCCAUGAGACAUGAAGGGCCUUGGUAUAGUCAGAACUUAUGUUAGAGCAUUCCCUACUGUCACCUCCCAUGCUGGGCAGCCUUCUCCUCCUCUCUUCUCUGCUACUUACCUCUCUCUUUCUGUUCUCUAUAGGAAGAAACUAGCGAUUUGUUGCUGUGACGUUGUGUGGAAACCACAUUGUAAAGAAACCACAAACUGGAAUCCUUUUCCAGCCGGAGGCCUGUUUCCCAGUGCGCCCAUCUGGUCUGGGACGCAUGAGCAUUGGAGGAGUGAGAGGACAGAGCAGACAUCUUACGGCCUGCUCUUUGGGACCGCAGCCCUCCUGCUGCAGCAUGCCACUUCAGCGGGAGCACAGCAUUACCUGGCCUUUGGAGGCACUCAGUCUGCUGUGUGCACUGAAGCUGUAAUGCCAGGAGUGUGGCAGUAUGGAGAUCAGUCUAGUUGGGUCUAUUUAAUAUGAAAAGGUGAUCGCUCAUCCGCCCACUGUUUAGUAACUGGUGUAACUGUGUUUUCAUCUGUAUUUUUUUAAUAUGCAAAAGCCAUUUAAUUUUCUAUGCAGUUCAAAAAUGUCUCCCCUUUGCAACUGCCAGGUGGGAGAUCUGUGCAGGAGAACCAAGCCAAGUGGCUGAUAGUCCUUUUGAUUUUGGUGUCGCUCUCUUUUAAGGAUGCAUCCUGGAAUCCUCUGCACACAGUGUCCCUUUGCUGAGCUCCUGCCUCUUAGACCCCAUUUAACAUCCCUGAGCCCCAGGGAUGAGGGCCCCGUAUUUUUGAAGGAUCUGUCACUUUUCAUGAGUCCAGCCACAAGGAAAGAGGACUUGAAGGCAGUGCCCUAAAAGCAGAGAUACCUCAGUUCAGAGCAUGUAUUAUAUUCCUGUUCUUGUCCCUGCCCAGAGAGUUAUUGAACUGCUAGAAAUGACUAAGGCCUCUGUGGAGCACCCUGUGGCCUUUACUGAAAGUGUAUUGUGAAGAGGGCAGAAAGGACUGGGGCAUCAAUUGUCUCCCCAUGGAGCUGACAGUGAAUUUAACCCCUUUGGAACAGGAGGACAAUCUCCUGGUACUAGAUGCCUACUUCACUCGAGAGGACUGUGCUGGUUUUGCUUAUUGGUUUGCAGACCCCUUGCUUGUUGACCAGUUGAUUUCCUACUGAAACUGGUGCAGACAGGUUUGGAAGCAGAGCUGGCAAGUUGCUUUGCACUGCAGGACUUUCAGCAGCUGCACAUGUCCUGGAGUACUUUGUGUUAUGCUCUGAAGCACAACCUGGGAUUGAAACCUGCAUCCGUCCAAGUGAAACUCCCAGGAGAGCAGCUUUGCCUUCUGCUAGGUCUGCAUAAUGUGAGAAACUGCGUGUCCCUAAGCAGCAGACAAGUCUGUUGAGGUAGAGUGAGAGGGAGCCCGAAGGGUGAUGCUACACAUCUAGCUCAUCUUGGGGCUUGCAGAGGUACUUGGAGGCCUCUGGCAACUGCAGAGGGUCCUGGGUGAUGGGACACCUUUGCUUUAUCUGUGCUAAAGGCAAAAAGGUCAGAGAAAUGGGAUUGUUUCCAACCUGCCACGAGGCCAGGAUGUGUUUGACUAGUCUUUCGUGGUAAUACUGUUUUUUCUGCAUUCUGUCUCUGCUCUGAGCUUGGGGGAUUCAGCUUUAAAGUUAAACAGAAAUAGAGAUCAGAUUGGGAUUUAACCUGCCUUGUGGUCUCUCAAAUCAGAUGGAAGAGACUGGAGGCUGCAGAAGCACGGGUCAUCUCCCUUGCAGCAUCCUCUAUGCUACAGUUCCACAGUGGCUGUGAAAACUCAAUAGUGUAUUUGGGUGCUGCUUUCCCAGGAACCUAAGAUGCGCUUGGCCGUGCUGUAGCACCGGAGCUUGCAUGGGGCCCUGUUCUCUUCCCCUUUGUACCUCUGAGGUAGUUAAAGUUUGUCAGAGCAGUAGGGGUUCCUCACUGUGAGAAGACGGAUAUAGCUGUGUUAAAGGGAACUGCAAAUGGUAUUUAGGAGCUCACUAAGUGAGGUGAAAACCCACCAGCUCACUCCUGCAGAGCCAGAUCCCGGAGCUCAGCUGCUCCCACGCCCUUUGGGUGGGAUCUUGGGCUGGCAUCCUUGGAACGGCAGUGCGGGGAGGUGGAGAUGCUGCACUGCAGUAAGCACAAGAAGAGGCAAGCAAGUGGGCCUCAGUGUAGCACUCAUCACGCACUUCAUGGCUCAGUUCGUGGACUGUAAUUGCAGGUAUUCAUAUAAUCUACAUCACUGGGCAGGACUCUGCGCACACACACAUGCAUGCCCAGAUGUACAUGCACCACACCCACACUUGCCCACACAUACUCGCCAAAACAACUGAAAAUAAAAGUGAUCUCAAUCUCAAGGA